GAAAACGCUUUUCGCCCUCACUUUGUCAGUGGUUCUGGAGGAGGUGGUGUAGAUUUGACGCAGUUCAGAGAAAACUUAGCGAAUCAAGAACGUUUAUUCAUUGCAACGUACCAUAAGUCAUGCCUGAGGAGACACAAACCCAGUCCGUGGAAGGAGAUGAUGCGGAAACUUUUGCCUUCCAGGCAGAAAUUGCCCAGUUGAUGAGUCUUAUCAUCAACACAUUCUACUCCAACAAAGAGAUCUUCUUGCGAGAGCUGGUUUCCAAUGCUUCUGAUGCAUUGGAUAAGAUCCGGUAUGAAAGUCUGACAGAUCCUUCUAAGCUUGACAGCGGGAAGGCACUGGAAAUCAAGAUCAUUCCGAACAAAAAUGACAACACGCUGACUAUUAUUGAUACUGGCAUAGGCAUGACAAAAGCUGAUAUGGUCAACAAUUUGGGAACCAUCGCCAAGUCUGGUACGAAGGCUUUCAUGGAGGCACUGCAGGCUGGCGCAGAUAUUUCGAUGAUCGGACAGUUUGGCGUGGGUUUCUACUCUACGUACCUGGUGGCAGAUAAGGUGCUGGUGAUCUCCAAGCACAAUGAUGAUGAGCAGUACUCGUGGGAGUCUGCCGCCGGUGGAUCGUUCAUUGUUCGACAAGACCACGGCGAGCCAAUAGGUCGUGGAACCAAGAUUAUUCUUCAUCUGAAGGAGGAUCAAAGUGACUACCAUGAGGAGAAGCGCAUCAAGGACGUGAUCAAGAAACAUUCACAGUUUAUUGGCUAUCCAAUCAAACUGCUGGUCGAGAAGGAGAGAGACAAGGAAAUCUCUGAGGAUGAAGAUGAAGAAGAAGAGGAGAAGAAGGAAGGCGAGGAGGAUAGUGACAAGCCAAAGAUUGAGGAUGUUGGUGAGGAUGAAGAAGAAGACAAAGAGAAGGACAAAAAGAAAAAGAAAAAGACCAUCAAAGAGAAGUAUAUUGAAGAUGAGGAACUUAACAAAGUUAAGCCCAUUUGGACACGAACCCCUGAUGACAUCAGCCAGGAAGAGUAUGGCGAGUUCUAUAAGAGUCUUACCAAUGAUUGGGAGGAUCACUUGGCUGUCAAGCACUUCUCCGUAGAAGGCCAACUAGAAUUCCGGGCUCUGCUGUUCGUACCACGCCGUGCGCCAUUCGAUCUCUUCGAGAACAGGAAGACCAAGAACAACAUCAAGCUGUAUGUCCGUCGCGUGUUCAUCAUGGACAACUGCGAGGACCUGAUCCCAGAGUAUCUCAACUUUGUCAAAGGUGUCGUUGACAGCGAAGAUCUGCCACUAAACAUCUCACGAGAGAUGCUGCAGCAGAGCAAGAUUCUGAAGGUUAUUCGCAAGAACUUGGUGAAGAAAUGCAUAGAGCUGUUCGAAGACAUUGCUGAAGAUAAGGAACAAUUCAAAAAGUUCACUGAAAUGUACAGCAAAAAUAUCAAGCUUGGAAUCCACGAGGACUCUCAGAACAGGAAGAAGCUGGCGGAGUUCCUCCAGUACUAUACUUCUGCAUCUGGAGAUGAGACCUGCUCUCUGAAAGAUUACAUCUCCAGGAUGAAGGAGAAUCAGAAGGCAAUCUACUUCAUUACCGGUUGUUGUAUCGAACAGGCUAGUCAGUUCGCCCUGCUGCAUCGUCACUAGUCAGUACGGCUGGUCGGCCAACAUGGAGCGCAUCAUGAAAGCACAGGCCUUGCGUGACACGUCAACGAUGGGUUACAUGGCAGCUAAGAAGCACCUCGAAGUCAACCCAGAUCAUCCGAUUGUCGAAACCCUCAAGAAGAAGGUUGACGCCGAUAGGAACGACAAGGCUGUGAAGGAUCUGGUCAUGCUGCUGUUCGAAACAUCGCUGCUGACAUCCGGUUUCACGCUAGAGGACCCAGCAAGCCACGCCGCCAGAAUUCACCGCAUGAUCAACUUGGGACUGGGAAUCGACGAGGAGGACAUCCCGAUUGGUCCCGAUGUGCCAACAGAUGAUAUGCCCCCAUUGGAGGGAGAAGAUGAGGAUAUGUCAAGAAUGGAAGAAGUAGAUUAAGCCUCAACGUCUGUCAUCAUCAAUUCCUUCGAUCUUUCGUGGAGCGUUACUUUGUUUGAAUGUGUAAAUUCAAAUUUCCGAUUGUUGUAAAUAUUAUAGCUUGAAGUGUCAUCUCAUGCCGUCUGUUUUCAGAUAGGUUGCAAGUUUGUGUUAUGUUUUUUGCAACAUUGCUGCAUCAUGUAACUACUUGAACACUGGUCAAUUAUACAAGUAUUUUUAGCACCUUGUAUCUAUCUGAAGAUGUCAUUCUGAAUAAACGUAAUUGGUUCGCAAUA